UUUGGGUUUUUUUUUAAAUUUGUUCAGCGGGAGGAUUUCUCCCUGACCCCGGCUCUGACCUCGGCUCUCCCCUCGGCUCUCGCCGCCAUGGGCUCCGUGCUGCCCGGCUCCUCUCUGGGCCUGAAGCCGGGCUUCAAGCCUCCGCUGUCCCUCGCGGACAUCAUCACCUCGGACAUCCUGCACAGCUUCCUGUACGGGCGCUGGAGGCACGUGCUGGGCGAGCAGCAGCACCACCCGCACCAGCAUCACCUGCAGCACGAGGACCGCACCGCCCCGAGCGCGAGCCCCAAGACCGCGUUCACCGCCGAGGUGCUCGCGCAGUCCUUCUCCGGAGAGGUGCAGAAGCUGUCCAGCCUGGUUUUACCCAGUGAGGUGAUCAUCGCUCAGAGCUCAGUCCCAGGAGAAGGUCUGGGCAUUUUCUCCAAAACCUGGAUCAAAGCGGGGACAGAGAUGGGUCCGUUCACCGGACGCCUGGUGUCACCUGAACACAUCGACCUGUACAAGAACAACAACCUGAUGUGGGAGGUGUUUAAUGAGGACGGCACAGUCAGGUAUUUUAUCGAUGCGAGUCAGGAGGACCAGAGGAGCUGGAUGACGUACAUCAAGUGUGCGAGGAACGAGCAGGAGCAGAACCUCGAGGUGGUCCAGAUCGGCAGCAGCAUCUUCUACAAGGCGGUGGAGACCAUCCCUCCCGACCAGGAGCUGCUCGUCUGGUACGGAAACUCUCACAACACAUUCCUGGGAAUCCCUGGAAUUCCUGGAGGAGAGGACGAACAGAGCAAGAAGACCAAGAGCGAUGAUUUCCACACCUGUGAAGGCUCCACCUCCACGACCUCCACUUCUUCCACCAGUCUUGGGCGCAUGCGAUGUGUUAUCUGCCACCGCGGCUUCAACUCUCGCAGCAACCUUCGCUCCCACAUGCGCAUCCACACUCUGGACAAGCCGUUCGUCUGCCGCUUCUGCAACCGUCGCUUCAGCCAGUCAUCCACGCUGAGGAACCAUGUCCGGCUGCACACCGGAGAGCGCCCUUACAAGUGCCACGUCUGCCAGUCCGCGUACUCGCAGCUGGCUGGUUUGCGGGCGCACCAGAAGAGCGCCAGGCACCGCCCCACGGGGGACAGCGCCGCCCCAGGAGGAGGUGUACUGGUGGUUGGAGGCGGAGGCGUAGGUGGGGUGCACUCGACGCACUCGCCGCCUCCUCCUCACCCUCCCCAGCUGACCGCCGUGCCUCACCCAGCGUCGCUGGUUCACCACAUACCCACCAUGGUGCUGUGAUGGGGCGACAGCGAGAGGAGACGAGCUGAAAUAACUGACGCGCACAUGGACACGUUUCAGGCUGGAAAUAAGACAGGAACCUGCUCACGUCUCAUCAACCAAUCACAGAGAGAUGUUUCCAACCAACCACUAGAGGGCGCCAUCGUCUUCUGCAGAAACAGCAACAAUAAGAAAAAGCAAAGCUUCGUCAUUAAACUCACCUCUGGCAACAAACAA